CGCAUUUCCCCUCUCCUGCCUUUCCCCCGUGUUGAAAUCUUCCAUGAUGAGAGCACUCUGGCCACAUCAAUGGUGUCUUGCUUUGUUGCUUUGCAUUUGACAUGAGGGGCCGCCUGCGGGUGUCCAUGUAGCCACUUUCUUGCCCGCUUGAAAUCCAUGGAUGCUGGCGGAGCAGCACACCAUAUGCGAGGGCCAACUUCUCAAACGCAUGUGGGCCUGGCAGUCGCCCUUCUGAGAGACCCAACUAGCAAGCGUGGGGAAGAGGUCCAGUUAUCCAGGCAUGGGUCGGGGCUUCCUGAAAGGCUAAGUAGUUCUAGCAACCAGGAAAAUUCGAGGCAAACUGAAGGUGCUUCAGACUCUGGUACCAGCUUUUUGGAGCAGAAGCAAGCUGUCAAAGUAGAAAUGGAAGGUAGUGCGAAAGGGACGUGCCCCCAGAAUGAACAGAGGCAUGGAGAACCGGGGCCAGUUGUUGCAGGAAUGGGUCAGGCAGCUGCCUGUGAUAGAGGGGCAGCCAGUCACGGCUUUGAGUCCUACCAGGGCGAGCCCUCUCCAAACAUUGAGAAUGAUUCACAAUCAUACCAUUCUGCAGAAGAGACUCUGCUUGCAGCUGAGCCCGAGCAAUCCACAGGAACCAACGCUCCCAUGGCCUUGGAACACGCAUCCACUGCGGGUGUUGAACAAACUAGCUACCCCGGGAGUCAAUUAGAGACAAGCUCGGGGAAUGACAGCGGGUUGCCUUCGGCAGGUAGCUCUGAGGAUGAUAAUUUACCAGCAUUGCUGGGCCCGGAGGCGUUCAGCGAGUCUGAGGACGAAGAUGAUGAGCCACCGGGCCUUGUUGGGGAGUCUGAGUCAGACAUGGAUUCGGAUGUUGAUUCAGAAAUGGAGUCGCUUCCAGCGCUCGGUUCUGACAUGUCAGACAGUGACUCGUUUGCUGACGCAAGCCCUUCUGCGGAGGCUGGCCAUGGCGGCCAGCAAGAGGGCCUAACAGCGAGUGCUGCUUCUGGACGUUCUAAUCUCCACAGGAGCCCGAGUGAGAGACCUGCGACCGAGGAUCAGGACUGGGAUGAGCUUCCGGACCUGCUCGAUGCAGAAUCUGACGACGAAGAGGACAGCAGCACCCACAGCACGCACGGCCCAGUCUUCUCCCCCGACUUCCAUCCGUCAGGCGCAGUGUCCGCUCUUCGCAGCGCCGCCGUCUCCCUGCGCACCCUCCUCUCAACGGGCUUCCAGCCGGGUACGGCAGCCGCCCCCACUGCGGGCGGGGGGAGAGAGGCCCGGCGCCGCGAACGCCGCCGCAGAGUUGCUAGGGUGGCGGAGCCAGCAGAGAACGAGGACGGGGGCCACCGGCGACGGAGUCGACGCCUGUCUCCUGCCAACCGGGCCUCGAACGACGAGCGAAGUGCUGGGGGGACGCUUUUCCUGCCUCUGGGGCCCAUGCGAGCAGCAGUUAGCACAGCAAGAGCGCCACGGGCUGGUUUGGCGACGCAAAGAGGUGGCCGGGGAUCCCCUUCUGGUGGGGUGGAGCGAGACGAUGAUGAUGUUCCUGAUCUGUUGAGCGCUGAGGACGAGGAUGAUGAAACUGACGAGGAAGAUGAGGGGGAAGAAGACGACGACGAUGAUGACCUGCCACCUCUUUUGAACAGCGAUGGCGAGGAGGACGAGUACGCGGACAUGCCCGACCUGCUCCCAGACUCAGCGUCUUCUGGCUCUGAUCACGAUGAAGACGACGAAGAGGAUGGAGAGCGCACCCCUCGCCCUGCGCGGGCGGCCCGCCGGGGCGGGCUUUUCCCGCCGGGGGGCUUGGCUUUUUACGGGGGCCCAACGAAUUUUGGAGCGGGCGUGCAGAUGGCCGUGCAAUUCGGCGGCAUCCCACCUUUCGGGAUCGACUUUGCCCGCAACCGCCUCCUGGCUUUUCGCGCUGGAGACUUCGUCCUAGACGAGAACCUGGACCAAGUCAUGGCCAUGCUGGGGGCCGGCGCACACCCGCAGUGGCCCCCGCCGGCGUCUAGGGCCGCCGUACAAGCCCUAGAGAAAGUGACAAUGCCAGAGGAGCCCGGCGAAGAAAGUUGCUCGGUCUGCAGGAGCGUUCUGGAGGCCCGCAUCGAGGUGCUGCGCAUGCCGUGCCGCCACCUGUUCCACGCGGACUGUCUUCACCCCUGGCUGGACGUCCGCAACUCGUGCCCCCUCUGCCGCUUGCAGCUGCCCACUGACGACCCAGAUUACGAGAGCAUGAGGCAGCAAGGAGUCGCAACUGGGGGUUCCGGGGAUGAUUGACCAGUCCCCGUGGAUAUGGUGCCAAUGGACGUUACUUGGAGAGGGGUGGUUCCGAACACCGUUCUGUCUCAAUGAGCUGAUGAUUAACUAGAAAUCUCUGCUUGUGGAACCGAGUUGGACAUAUUCCGUGCUCGCAAUGCAGGGAGUUGACGAAGACAUCACAAGCACGUGUUCCUUGUAGAAAUGCAGCAUAGACACAGUCAACUCCCUUGUAUAGUAAGUGAUACUAUUACUGCAAGACCUUGACGGGACGCAGUCCCUCUGUCUCAAAUAACCAAGGACACUCAUGCAUUAGGGGCCCAGCAUUUUGUAUCACAUAGACAGCCAAUUCCUAGCUCUGUCGUUUUCUAAGUUCAAGUGGCCCAGUGGUUGGCUGCCAUGCGAACGCUCAACUAAACGCUGGCAGAAGUGCGUGGCACCUCACAUUCAUGCAUCAUCGUG